AGAAGAAGAUUAGCCCUAGAAGUGUCGCCUAGUAAACCGUUAAGUGAAUACAGUAUAGCUAACGAAGUGACAACGCAAAACUCGACAAUAACAAAUGAAACUGUGAUAGAUCAUAGUGCCUUCCCCGAAAAUAGUUCUAUUAAUAAUACUGUCAGUCCGAUACAAAGUCAAAACAAAAAUACCGCUAAUAAUUGUGAUAUAGAAGUGAUAGAUUUAACAAAAUGUGAUGAUGAUAUUGAUACUAAAGAUAAUAAAGUAGUACCGAGCAUAUCUACCGACAGCUUAGAUAAAUGUACGAAAAGUGUCAAAGAAGAUCGAAACAGUAAAAUUCGUAAGCAACGAAAAUCCAAACAGAUUAAAAAUGAAACCAAAUGUGAAACUGAAGAAACACAAGAUAUGUCUCUUGUUCUCAGACCAGAAGCAGAAGGUUCAAGUCAAAGCGAUAUAGAAAGCGAACAGGGUAGUGUAGACCCUGAAUUAGAAGAAUUAUCGAAGCUCCGCUGUACGUCUGAAAUGACUGAAGUGGUAGCUGAAAGAGAGAAACGUCGUAGGAGAUGUGCUGAUUAUCCAGGACUUGCUUUCGCUAGUUCCAUAUUCAGUUCUGAUACUCUAAUGAAAUUUUCAAUUAUUAGAAACGAACUGCAUAAUAUUAUGAAUUCACAACUGAAACGUGUAAGUACAACUUGAAUAUCUCUCAUUUUAAUUAUAUUUAACCUAGCUAUCAAGUCAUUCGAUUCGAAUUCAUUUAUAUAAUGAGGUUUGAAAAACAUUCAUUUAUUUUUGUGAAAAUACUCAUUGUAAUUAUUGUAUUUUGAUAGAUAACGAAGGUAGAUGUUUGCAUUAUUUGUCAACAACAGCUAUUUUUAGAUUUUGAAACGGUUUUUGUAAACAUAUUUGAAUAUAUAAUGCAGAAAAUAUAACAAACGAAUUUGAUUAAGUUUCUUUCAAAAAAUUAUUUCAUUAAUGUGUUAAUAAUAAUAAUACAAUCAACGAAAAAAUGAUAUAAAUAUCGAGAUAGUUGUUUACGCAAACAAAAAUGAGAAAAAGUUGGGUUAGGAAAGUCAACUAGACCGAUUUUUAUGAUCCAACCUUAAAAUUAAAAUGUUUUGUUACUAAUAAAAAUAUUACACUAAGAACCAAUGCCUAAACGAGUCUUUUUUUUACGAAAUUCAACCAAUUAUCGUAUAUUUACAAUUAUUUUUUUUUAAUUAAAUACUGUUCAUAAAUCUCAUCGUGUUCCAAAUAAUAUCUACGUUAAUUAUUCAAUUCAUAAUUGAUAUGAAGAAUACGUGUCUAAUUCAUUUUUUUUUGUCACCCGAUAUAAAUAACGAUGACGACACGUUAGUUCUGACGUGACAAGUAAGUUUUAACAUACUUAAAGUUCGGUUAUAAACGAGCGGAAUAAUUUAAAUAUGUGUUAUAAAGAGAACAUCGAACAUGAUAUAUUCUCACAACGGAAUGUCGCAUUGUCUCCUAUUGUUAACAUUUUACUACAAAUUUUACAAACCCGAUUAAACGAUUGAAUGGCUGCCGUGCCUCAAUUCGAAUUCGGUACGGCGUUGUCAUAUCCAUUAAAAUAUCUAAUUAUUUUUUCAUAAAAAUUAUAACGUGAUAAUAACUUUUAUAUAACACGGAAAGUGUAAACUAUUUUAUCAAGAUAGAUAUCGUAAUUAUUUAUUUUGAUUUGAUUAAAUCAAAAGGUAAAAUACAUUUUUUUUAUUAUUUAUUAUUACGGAACGUGAUUAUAUACAUAUAUCAUUAGUAAAUACACUUAGUAAUAAAUCGUUUUAUGUUAAACGAUCGAUAAUUUCAAAAAAAUAAGCACAGGUGUAGCGAUUUUGAUUAGACAUUUCUUGGUACAUAUUUUAUAUUUACUAAAUAUGGCAUCGGCGCUUUUAUGGUAUAUCUAGCAGGUGUCAGAGGCGCACGCGUGUCAGCCAUUUUUCCCGGUGACUCGCCCAGUUGACUCAGGCGAACCGUACUAGAGUAGUUCGUAUUCGGUUUUUUCGUGAAGUGCCUGACUUUUUCAUUAAAAAAAAUGACUACCAAUAUCCAACAAGGUUCCCUUUUGGACGUGCUCAAGAAAAAAAUGAGGCAGACGAAAGAGGAAAUGGAAAGAUACAAAGAUGAAUGUGAGGAAUUUAACAAGAGACUCCAAGUUGAAAUUAUGAGACGAGAAGAGGCUGAAUCUGAAGUAGCCGCGCUCAAUCGUCGUAUUCAAUUAUUGGAAGAGGAUUUGGAACGUUCCGAGGAACGUUUAGCCACAGCCACAGCUAAAUUGGCGGAAGCCUCGGCGGCCGCCGAUGAAAGCGAAAGGCAGCGCAAAGUACUAGAAAAUCGUUCGCUGGCCGAUGAAGAACGUAUGGACGCCCUCGAAAACCAACUUAAAGAGGCCCGUUUCUUAGCAGAAGAAGCCGACAAAAAAUACGAUGAGGUAGCCCGUAAAUUGGCUAUGGUCGAAGCCGAUUUGGAACGUGCCGAAGAACGUGCCGAAGCCGGAGAAUCCAAAAUUGUAGAACUUGAAGAAGAACUUCGUGUAGUAGGAAACAACUUGAAAUCCCUCGAAGUAUCUGAGGAAAAAGCCAAUCAACGCGAAGAAGAAUACAAAAAUCAAAUAAAGAACUUGACCACUCGCCUAAAGGAGGCUGAAGCUAGAGCCGAAUUUGCUGAACGUUCAGUCCAGAAACUCCAAAAGGAAGUCGACAGAUUAGAAGACGACCUUUUGCUGGAAAAAGAAAAGAACAAAAUGCUCGCUGAUGAGAUGGAGGCUACUUUGCACGAUAUCCAAAAUAUGUAAAAAAAAAAAUAAAAAAUUAUCACACGUAUAUACACAAAAAAUUGUAAAACACCGAGAUAAAAAAAAGGCCGGCCUUCACUAACGCAUUCCCGUCUAAGAAUUUGCAUUCCAUUAAACGGAUAAAUCACUCGAUUUAAUUUUCUUUUGUUUUUCUGGAAAAAUCAUUCUCCUCACCCCCCACCGGUCGAAAAUUAAUUUUCAAAUGCCAUUUUUUCGAUAUAAAUUUUUAAUUGGAUUAAAUUAUUCAUAUGCUGAAUUAACCGAUAAAAAUUUUAUUGGAGAAGUACGAAAUUUUCAACACGGUGUUGCCGAAGUGUGAAAAAAUUAUUGAGAUUCAAAGAAAAAAUUUGAAUACGAAAUGAUUUUUUAAUUAAAUUUAUUCAAAUUAUUCGUUUGCCGAUUAAAUUGUUGGAAAUUGUGUUGAAAAAAUGAAAAAAAUACGAAAAUUCGUAACGCGGUGUUGCCAAAGUGUCAAAAAUAAUCGAGAUUCAAAGAAAGUUUAUUUUUUUUUAAUUAAAUUUAUUCAAAUUAUCAAUUUUCCGUAAAAAAAUUACGUUAAAACAAGAAAAACUACGAAAAUUCGUAACGCGGUGUUGCCAAAAUGUCAAAAAUAAUUGGGAUUCAAAGAAAGUUUAUUUUUUUUUUUCAAUAAAAUUUUUUCAAAUUAUCAAUUUUCCGUAAAAAAAUUACGUUAAAACAAGAAAAACUACGAAAAUUCGUAACGCGGUGUUGCCAAAAUGUCAAAAAUAAUUGGGAUUCAAAGAAAGUUUAUUUUUUUUUUUUCAAUAAAAUUUAUUCAAAUUAUCAAUUUUCCGUAAAAAAUUACGUUAAAACAAGAAAAAAUUCGAAAAUUCGUAACGCGGUGUUGCCAAAAUGUCAAAAAUAAUUGAGAUUCAAAGAAAGUUUAUUUUUUUUUUUUUCAAUAAAAUUUAUUCAAAUUAUCAAUUUUCCGUAAAAAAUUACGUUAAAACAAGAAAAAAUUCGAAAAUUCGUAACGCGGUGUUGCCAAAAUGUCAAAAAUAAUUGAGAUUCAAAGAAAGUUUAUUUUUUUUUCAAUAAAAUUUAUUCAAAUUAUCAAUUUUCCGUAAAAAAUUACGUUAAAACAAGAAAAAAUUCGAAAAUUCGUAACGCGGUGUUGCCAAAAUGUCAAAAAUAAUUGAGAUUCAAAGAAAGUUUUUUUUUCAAUAAAAUUUAUUCAAAUUAUUCGUUUGCCGAUUAAAUUGUUGGAAAUUGUGUUGAAAAAAUGAAAAAAAUACGAAAAUUCCUAACGCGGUGUUGCCAAAAUGUCAAAAAUAAUUGAGAUUCAAAGAAAGUUUAUUUUUUUUUUCAAUAAAAUUUAUUCAAAUUAUCAAUUUUCCGUAAAAAAUUACGUUAAAACAAGAAAAACUACGAAAAUUCGUAACGCGGUGUUGCCAAAAUGUCAAAAAUAAUUGGGAUUCAAAGAAAGUUUAUUUUUUUUUUUUUCAAUAAAAUUUAUUCAAAUUAUCAAUUUUCCGUAAAAAAUUACGUUAAAACAAGAAAAAAUUCGAAAAUUCGUAACGCGGUGUUGCCAAAAUGUCAAAAAUAAUUGAGAUUCAAAGAAAGUUUAUUUUUUUUUCAAUAAAAUUUAUUCAAAUUAUUCGUUUGCCGAUUAAAUUGUUGGAAAUUGUGUUGAAAAAAUGAAAAAAAUACGAAAAUUCGUAACGCGGUGUUGCCAAAGUGUCAAAAAUAAUCGAGAUUCAAAGAAAGUUUUUUUUCAAUAAAAUUUAUUCAAAUUAUCAAUUUUCGGUGAAAAAUUACGUUAAAACAAGAAAAAAUUCGAAAAUUCGUAACGCGGUGUUGCCAAAGUGUCAAAAAUAAUCGAGAUUCAAAGAAAGUUUUUUUUUUUUUUCAAUAAAAUUUAUUCAAAUUAUCAAUUUUCCGUAAAAAAUUACGUUAAAACAAGAAAAAAUUCGAAAAUUCGUAACGCGGUGUUGCCAAAAUGUCAAAAAUAAUUGAGAUUCAAAGAAAGUUUAUUUUUUUUUCAAUAAAAUUUAUUCAAAUUAUCAAUUUUCCGUAAAAAAUUACGUUAAAACAAGAAAAAAUUCGAAAAUUCGUAACGCGGUGUUGCCAAAAUGUCAAAAAUAAUUGAGAUUCAAAGAAAGUUUUUUUUUCAAUAAAAUUUAUUCAAAUUAUUCGUUUGCCGAUUAAAUUGUUGGAAAUUGUGUUGAAAAAAUGAAAAAAAUACGAAAAUUCCUAACGCGGUGUUGCCAAAAUGUCAAAAAUAAUUGAGAUUCAAAGAAAGUUUAUUUUUUUUUUCAAUAAAAUUUAUUCAAAUUAUCAAUUUUCCGUAAAAAAUUACGUUAAAACAAGAAAAACUACGAAAAUUCGUAACGCGGUGUUGCCAAAAUGUCAAAAAUAAUUGGGAUUCAAAGAAAGUUUAUUUUUUUUUUUUUCAAUAAAAUUUAUUCAAAUUAUCAAUUUUCCGUAAAAAAUUACGUUAAAACAAGAAAAAAUUCGAAAAUUCGUAACGCGGUGUUGCCAAAAUGUCAAAAAUAAUUGAGAUUCAAAGAAAGUUUAUUUUUUUUUCAAUAAAAUUUAUUCAAAUUAUUCGUUUGCCGAUUAAAUUGUUGGAAAUUGUGUUGAAAAAAUGAAAAAAAUACGAAAAUUCGUAACGCGGUGUUGCCAAAGUGUCAAAAAUAAUCGAGAUUCAAAGAAAGUUUUUUUUCAAUAAAAUUUAUUCAAAUUAUCAAUUUUCGGUGAAAAAUUACGUUAAAACAAGAAAAAAUUCGAAAAUUCGUAACGCGGUGUUGCCAAAGUGUCAAAAAUAAUCGAGAUUCAAAGAAAGUUUUUUUUUUUUUUCAAUAAAAUUUAUUCAAAUUAUCAAUUUUCCGUAAAAAAUUACGUUAAAACAAGAAAAAAUUCGAAAAUUCGUAACGCGGUGUUGCCAAAAUGUCAAAAAUAAUUGAGAUUCAAAGAAAGUUUUUUUUUCAAUAAAAUUUAUUCAAAUUAUUCGUUUGCCGAUUAAAUUGUUGGAAAUUGUGUUGAAAAAAUGAAAAAAAUACGAAAAUUCGUAACGCGGUGUUGCCAAAGUGUCAAAAAUAAUCGAGAUUCAAAGAAAGUUUUUUUUCAAUAAAAUUUAUUCAAAUUAUCAAUUUUCGGUGAAAAAUUACGUUAAAACAAGAAAAAAUUCGAAAAUUCGUAACGCGGUGUUGCCAAAGUGUCAAAAAUAAUCGAGAUUCAAAGAAAGUUUUUUUUCAAGUAAAUUUAUUCAAAUUAUCAAUUUUCGGUGAAAAAUUACGUUAAAACAAGAAAAAAUACGAAAAUUCGUAACGCGGUGUUGCCUAAAUUUGAAAAAAAAUCUGUUUUGAAAAAAAUUCAAAUACGAAAUUCGAAAUUUUUCCAACAAAAUUAUUUAACUCAUUCAUUUCUCGUAUAAAUUUAAAAAAAAAUUGUGAAAAAGCAAAAGAAUACUAAAUACAGUGUUGCCUAAGUGUUUGAAAAAAUUGAGAUUUAAUGAAAAAAUUCAAAUACAUUUUAUGAUAUUUUUCCAAUUCAAUUACCAAUUUUCCGUAAAAAAUAUAUACGAAAAUUCAUUACAAUGUUGCCUAAGUGUAAAAAAAUAAGAGAUUUAAAGAAAAAUUCAAAUUUUUUUGUUCCAAACCGAUAAAUUCGUAAUUAUUUCAAAAAAAAUGACACAAAUUGCCAAAAUUCACGUCGAGGUUGAUAGAUAAGAUGAUAACUUCAUUUUUUACAAAUUGUUUGGCGGCAAUAUACAAAAAACGAAUUUAUAUCUAAGCAUUUAAAUGACGCGAAAAUAAUUAUUGGUGCUUAGAUAUCCGUAUUAGCUUUGUUUGUAUUUAAAGAGGCGUUGAUCUCUGAAUUAUUGCAAUAUCUGUAGGAUCAACACUGCCAUUGGUCGAAAGUUACUUCUUCGGUUGAAAAAAAAAAUAUUUAUCGGUUCAUAAUUUUGUAUAUUGUACAUUUUUAUACAUUAGCGAAUUUUUGUAAUGCAAAUAAAUUUACGAAUUUUUUUUAAAUUGAUACUUCCAAGCAACCGGCGAUUCAACUUCUCGUCGAAACGUAUUUUUGAAGAAUCUUUUUUCUUAAAAAAAAAAAUUCGUAUAUUUAAUAUGUCUUGUUCAUAAAGGACCCAUCCACGACGUUCGAUUUCUAUUAAUUUAUUUUUAUUAUUGUUUAAUUUAAGUAAAAAAAUUCGCUCUAGAAAAAAAAA